AUCUGAGCAAGUCGAAUAUGCCCUCCCAAAGUCUAACCGUCCGAAACCGACACGAUGGGUUCUAUAGAGACACCACCAACAAUUCCGGAGAACGGCUUAUCAACUCCACAUUACGCCUUCGCAAACGGCGAUCAGAAAUCUGAACCCAUAACUAACGGAUAUCAUCCACAUACGAUAGAGAUGACGAUGAUGGAAUCUGUCUCGCUGAAGAAGAGAAGAGCGUGUAAUCUACCGCUUGAAGUCGGUACUCGCGUGAUGUGCCGCUGGAGAGACGGAAAGUACCACCAGGUUAAGGUCAUCGAACGGCGUAAGAUGCACUGCGGUGGGCCUAACGAUUAUGAGUAUUACGUUCAUUACACCGAGUUUAACAGGAGGCUCGAUGAAUGGGUGAAGCUUGAACAAUUGAAUCUUGAUUCAGUAGAGACUGUUGUUGAUGAGAAAGUUGAAGACAAGGUAACAAGCUUAAAAAUGACACGACAUCAGAAACGUAAGAUUGACGAGACGCAUGUAGAGGGCCAUGAAGAGCUUGAUGCUGCUAGCUUACGUGAACAUGAGGAAUUCACAAAAGUAAAAAACAUAGCCACUAUUGAACUUGGAAGAUAUGAGAUUGAGACAUGGUACUUCUCUCCCUUUCCACCAGAAUACAAUGAUUCAGUCAAGCUGUACUUUUGUGAGUUCUGCCUCAGUUUUAUGAAGCGUAAAGAACAGCUUCAAAGGCAUAUGAGGAAGUGUGAUCUCAAGCAUCCCCCAGGUGAUGAGAUCUAUCGAAGUGGUACAUUGUCAAUGUUCGAGGUUGAUGGCAAGAAGAAUAAAGUUUAUGGGCAGAAUCUUUGCUAUUUGGCAAAGCUCUUCCUUGAUCAUAAAACACUAUACUAUGAUGUUGACUUGUUUCUUUUUUAUGUUCUGUGCGAAUGUGAUGAUCGGGGAUGCCACAUGGUUGGAUAUUUUUCCAAGGAAAAGCAUUCAGAGGAAUCUUAUAAUUUGGCAUGUAUUCUCACUCUUCCUCCUUACCAAAGGAAAGGCUAUGGAAAAUUUCUAAUUGCAUUCUCAUAUGAACUUUCCAAGAAAGAAGGUAAAGUUGGCACGCCUGAAAGGCCACUUUCUGACCUAGGCUUGUUGAGCUACAGAGGAUAUUGGACCCGAGUUCUUUUGGACAUCUUGAAAAAGCAUAAAGGAAAUAUUUCUAUUAAGGAGCUUAGUGACAUGACAGCCAUCAAGGCAGAGGAUAUACUGAACACCCUUCAAAGCCUAGAAUUGAUUCAGUACAGAAAAGGACAGCACGUCAUUUGUGCGGAUCCAAAAGUGUUGGAUCGCCAUCUAAAAGCUGCCGGUCGUGGCGGUCUUGAGGUUGAUGUUAGCAAAUUGAUCUGGACUCCCUAUAAAGAACAGGGUUGAUUAGAGUAUCUAUAAUAGUUUGUGUAUCUCACUUGUAGCAUUGCCUGUAUAAAUGUAGCAUAUAGAACUGAAUUCUGUAUACGUUUCUCUUGUUUGUCUUGCGUUGCAAUAUUCCCGCUGCUUUGUAAUGAUACAAUUAGGUGUGCACUUUUCUUUC